UUUUUUUGUAUUUUCAAUAGUUCUAAUUGUUAGUACUGGUACAUGUAGCGUAGAUCCAGCGUGUUGAAUCUAUAGGCGUCAUUAAUUUGUUCAGGUAAUCAUGGAACUGUUUGAGAUAAACCAUUUCAAACUGAUGGAGAGAUACAUCUUUGUGGACCUAAACUACUGUUUACUGUUUAAGAACUUUGUUGUGGCAUUUCCAGAUAACACUGAUGUGUAUGGAUUGGUUAGAUCCAGCCUCUCCGUUAGCCUAAGUCGACUGUCUUGUCAGUAUCUCAAUACCAGGUCAAGUGUGAGUUGAAAGAUAAAGCAAAUGUGUCGACAUAGGAAAGGACGUUGUAGGAUCUCACAGUUCUGUUGCUUUGGUUUUUGCAAUGCUUGUCUCCCGAAGAUGGCAAAUUUUUCUUUACAAUACAAAAUUCUUUGUAAUGGAAAAAUUCCUGUCUCCUAUUAUCGCUCAAACGAUACCGGAUUGACAGUUUGCAUUGCUGAUGUAGAAGGACCGAUUGUCAACGGAUAUUUUUGUUUAGCCACAGAAGCUCAUGAUGAUGAUGGCCUACCACACACACUUGAACAUCUGAUUUUUUUAGGAAGUGAGGACUAUCCUUACAAGGGCUUGUUGGAUCAAUUUGCCAAUCGAUGUUUAGCCUCAGGAACCAAUGCCUGGACAGAAGUAGACCACACUUGUUAUACCAUGACUAAUGCAGGAUCUGCAGGUUUUCUAACUCUCUUACCCAUUUAUAUGGAUCACAUUCUUUAUCCAACAUUGACUGAAUCUGGCUAUGUAACAGAAGUUCAUCAUAUAAAUGGCAAUGGUGAGGAUGCUGGUGUUGUCUACUGUGAAAUGCAGGCUAGGGAAAACAGUGGUGAGAGCAGGACACAAUUGGCACUGGUCAGAGGUCUCUACCCUGAAAGCUGUGGCUACAGGUAUGAGACUGGAGGUAUCUUGAAGAAUCUGCGAGAGAGAACAUCUCAUGAAAAGGUGAAGAAAUACCACAAAGAAUUCUACAGACCAGAAAAUUUGUGUUUGAUUAUUUGUGGUGACGUAAAGCAUGAUGAGGUUUUCCAGGCUCUUGCACCUGUGGAGAAAAAAAUUUUGUCAAAGGGACCCAGAGCUCCAUUUACUAAACCUUGGCAAUCUGAGGUUCCUCCUUUAACACAAUCAAUUAAAGAGACAGUGUUGUAUCCUUCAGAAGAUGAUGAGUAUGGCAUGGUCCAUAUUGGCUUCAGGGGUCCACUGUCAAAGGACCUGUACGAACACUUGUGUUUGAGUAUACUAGCUGAUUACUUAGACAACUCAGCAAUCUCACCUAUACAACGUGACAUGGUGGAAAUCAAUAAUCCAUAUGCUGGAAAUGCAGAUUUUAAUAUAUUAGAAAAUUCAGUUAUGGCUGUUUAUAUAACAUUUCAAAAUGCUGAUUGCUCAAAACUGGAUAAAAUAGAAUCUAAGUUCAUCAGUAUAAUCCAAAAAAUUGUGGAUGGAAAGGAAGCUAUUGAUUUGAAAAGAAUGGCUGCUGUGAUACACAGGCGUAAUCUGGAUACAUUGAGUAGUUUGGAAUACAUGCCUUGUGAAUCAUUAGGACUCUUUGUCAUUGGACAUUUUCUCUACGGUGAAAGUAAGGAUGAUUUAUAUGGUCGCAUGAAUACAGUAGAACUUUGUGAGAAGAUGAAAGAAGAACCAGCUGAAUUCUGGGUGAAUUUACUUCAGAAAUAUUUUCUAGAUGCACCUAGAGUGACAAUCAUUGGUCGGCCAAGUCUGGCCCUGGGAGUAGAUAUGGGCCAAGAGGAAGAAGAGAGACUGGAGGCUCAGAAAGAAGAGCUGGGGAAGGAAGGUUUGCUGGAGCAGAAGAGGAGAGUAGAGGCAGCUGAGGCAGAGAACUCUCGUCCAACACCAGAGGAGAUCCACGCCAAGAUCAAGCCUCCCAGCACUGAGAGCAUCCACCUGCACACCAUUCAUCCCAGCACCAACAUUGAUGGUCAUCCUAACACUGACUGCAACAAGGACUUUCCCCUAUCUCAGCUGCCUUUCAGAUUCAUGCUGGAUGACCUGCACACAAACUUUAUUGAGUUAAACAUUUUAAUGAAUACUGCUAGUUUGCCUCAAGAGUUAAAAUAUUAUCUUCCCUUGUUUGCUGAUACACUCCAUGAGAUGUCAAUAAAAAACAAUGGAAUUGUGACACCCUUUGAAGAAGUUGUGGGCCUGCUAGAAGAAGACACUGUGGAUAUUGGUGCUGGCUUAGGUUUCCCUGGAGGAAAUAAUUUUAGGACUGGAGCUUUCCCAUCCUUGCUGACUCUGACCAUUAGAGCUGAAGAAUCAAAGUAUGCCAAGUCAGUUCAAUGGGCUAAAGAUAUACUGUACAAUAUACAUUUUACUGCAGACAGAGUCAAAGUUAUUGCUCAGAAACGUCUCAGCUUGACAGCCACUGCAAAGCGCAGUGCUAGUAAGAUGAUCAGAACUUUGAUGAGAGAGCUUUGUUUUCAGCCAGAAUGUAAUCUGCGUGUGAUUUCCAUGCUGCGUCAAGCCAAGUUUCUGUCUUCCAUUAUGAAAAAACUGGACAAAGAACCUGACACAGUACUUGAACAUUUAGAGUCUGUCAGGAAAGUUUUGACAGAUUCAAACCACAUCCUAGUUCAUCUAGCUUGUAAUGUGCAACAAUUGGCUAAGGUGUCUCCACCAGUUGAGCCAUGGCUCACAUUUCUACCUCAGCAUCUUCCACAUGAACGUCCAUCAAGUACUGGGAUCACCAAUUCCUCAACAUUAUAUGUUCCACUGGAUCUAGUGGAUAGAGAACAUUUGAUCAUUGGAAUCAAGGAAGUAGAGUCAGCCUACAUGAUCCAAGCCGUGCCCUGUAUCUCUGAUUACCUUCACCCAGAUAUAGCCCCUCUUAUGGUCCUCUUACAGUACCUGACGCAGUGUGAGGGACCCAUGUGGCGAAGAAUUAGAGGACUUGGACUUAGCUACAACUACAGCCUGUAUGUUGACAUUGAAUCUGGAUUUUUGUAUUUCCUGUUGACUAAAGCCAAUGAAAUCCUGGACCCAUAUCUAGAGGCUAAACUUAUAGUGAAUGAGUUUUUGAAUGGUGAGCAGACUUUUUCCCAGAGAGAACUUGAAGCUGCUAAAUCCAGUCUGAUCUUUGAACUAGUGGAAGAACAGAAGACUAUGCUCAAAUCAUCAGAGCAAUCUUUACUUACUUACUUUCAAGGGGUGCCUCAUUCCUAUAACAAGGACAUGCUUAAGAAAGUUUCCAAUGUUACUUUUGAAGACCUUGAAAGAGUAGCUCAGGAAUAUCUCAUCUCUUUAUUUGACCCAGCAAAAACUAGAACUGCUAUAUGUGUGAGUCCUUCUCGAGUGAAGUAUACCCAGGAGACAUUUAAACAGAAAGCUGGUAUGCAGCUUCAUGAGAUUCAAGCAGAUGAAAGUUGGCUCAUCUCUCUAUAAGAUAUAUGCAGACUGAUGGCCUGAUGUCAUCCAAACAAAGCAAUAAUUAAGAAACUAUGCAAACAUGUGAAUUCUUUUGUGAGUCUUGAGAUAAUAGUGUUACAUUUUUUUUUAAGAAUUUGUAUAUAAAAUGUACAUUUAUAAUUGCAACAAUGUUUGUAAUCCAGCUCGCAAAGAGAAUGUGUUAACUUCAAACUAUGUUGACUUGUGUAAAUAUUCCUUGCAUCGUGUAUAUUGAUAAUGCCUUUUAAAAUUGUUAAAUGCAAUGUACAUUGACCACACACAUGGAGGUACAUCAGUUUUAACCAGUCUUUCUCAAGUUGUAUAGCAAUUGUUAGUUUCCUUCUGUUUAUAUAAAUACAAUUUUUAAUUGCUUUAUUUAGUCUCUUUUUAAAAGCAUAUGGUUUAUUUUUAAGUCUUUUUACAAAGGGGUACGUAGAGAAAUUUUAAAUUCAUUUUACAUGUUAAAAAAAAUGUUUAACUAUAUAUUAGUGGGCUGUUUUAAUUGGCAUAAAAGAUUUUAUGUAAAAACAGUUUAUUGUGUUUCUAGGCUUGUUCUUCUGAGUGACUGAAUGUCAUAGCUUUUGUAACAGAUCAAACCCAGUCACUUUAAGUUUCCUGAGGCUGAAUGGAGAGUAGACAAGAAGUCCAUAGGACUCUGUAGCCUAGGAACAUUUCUUUUGAAUCUCAGCAGUUACUACAUAAUGAAUUAUUCUUUAUGGCUUUUAAAGACCUUGAUGAUUGUAAUAGACUUUACCUUCAUUUUAUAUAUCUAGUGCUAGUUUUAAAUUCUUACACUAGCCAUGUACUUGUAUGGCAUGUUUAAGUGUCUGAUAUAGAUGUGUAUACAUAAGCUUUGUUUGACUAUAACUUGCAGCCCUGUACAAACAUUUGAAUGUUGAUUUGUUGCAUACAAAUAAAAUAUAACUCAAGAUUCAGAAA